GGGCGGCCCCGCUCCAGCCCCGCGCCGGACGAGGACGCCGAGGCGGCGGGAGCCGAGCAGGGUGGUGAUUCUACAGAAGCAACCGCCAAACCAAAGAGAAGUUUUUAUGCAGCAAGAGAUUUGUACAAAUACCGACACCAGUAUCCACAGAACUUCAAAGAUAUCCGAUAUCAAAAUGACUUGAGCAAUCUUCGUUUUUAUAAGAAUAAAAUUCCAUUUAAGCCAGAUGGUGUUUACAUUGAAGAAGUUCUGAAUAAAUGGAAAGGAGAUUAUGAAAAGCUGGAGUACAAUCAUACGUACAUUCAGUGGCUUUUCCCUCUGAGAGAACAAGGCUUGAAUUUUUAUGCUAAAGAACUGACUACAUAUGAAAUUGAGGAAUUUAAAAAAACAAAAGAAGCAAUUAGAAGAUUCCUCUUGGCCUAUAAAAUGAUGAUAGAGUUUUUUGGAAUAAAAUUGAUAGACGAAACUGGAAAUGUGGCCCGGGCCACGAACUGGCAGGAACGGUUUCAGCAUCUGAAUGAGUCCCAGCACAACUAUUUAAGAAUCACUCGUAUUCUUAAAAGCCUUGGUGAGCUUGGAUAUGAAAGUUUUAAAUCUCCUCUUGUAAAAUUUAUCCUUCAUGAGGCUCUUGUGGAGAAUACUAUCCCCAAUAUUAAGCAGAGUGCUCUGGAGUACUUUGUUUAUACGAUCAGAGACAGAAGAGAAAGGAGAAAGCUGCUACGGUUUGCGCAGAAACAUUACACACCUUCAGAGAAUUUUAUCUGGGGGCCACCGAAGAAGGAACAAUCUGAGGGAAGCAAAGCCCCCAAAAUGCCCACACCUCCUGGCUCUGGUCACAGCAAUCAAACUUCUAUGCACAAAAAAUCCAAGGAGUCUAAAAAUGCCUCCUCAGCUGUUCAUUUAAAUAGCAAAACAGCAGAAGAAAAAAAAGUGGCCCCUAAAGAGACGGGUGAGGAGGCAGAGAAGCCCAGAGCAGAGCCCAGUGAGGAAGCUGCCAAGUCCAGAAAUGGCGAGAAGGACAGUGAUGGUGAAAAUUCGAAUUCCCAACCAGAAAAAACCAUUGACAGUCCCACAAAGAAAAAUGAGAACAGUUCCCCUUCUGAAAAAGAGGAAGAGGAUGAAAAUACUAGCAAAAACUGUGAAAAUCCUGGGAAUGCAAGUUCCUAA